CCACCUCCACCUCCACCCCCACGUCCCCCUGCAUCAGAUGUCCCCGCUCAACUUUUUUUACUCAGGACAAUUGAAGACACAGUGACCCGUCACAGCCGCCAUGAAGACCGCUCUCGCCCUGCUGCUGUUCAUCGCUCUGGCCUGUCACAGCCACGCCCUCAAGUGUCACACGUGCGUGGCGUCCAAUGAGGAGGACUGCAACCGGCAGGGCUCCACCCCCUGCCCUCAGUACGCCGACGCCUGCUCCACCAUCACAGGACCCAACACGGUGAUGAAGUCGUGCUCCUACAAGGCUUUCUGCGACAAGGCUCACGGCGGCAACUCCGGAGCCAAGAUGGCGUGUUGCUUCGGCGACGACUGCAACGGGCCCCACAGGAGCCACAGCCACGGGGAUCACCACCGCAACAGCGCAGGGGCUGUGGCCUCCAGCUCCGCGCUGCUGAUCACGACGCUGAUGCUGCGUGUGGCCCUCAGUCAGCUCUAA